CUCUUUGCUCUCGUCCACGACCUUCACGAGGACGACAAUGAGCUAUCCACCAGGAAUGCCGCCACCACCGCCAGGUAUGCCACGUCCACCGCCUGGCAUGCCAGGAAUGCCCCCACCUCCGCCAGGGAUGCCACCUCCCGGGAAUGGCGAAGCAUCAACUUCUCGCAUUCCGCCAGAGGUGCUCGCACAAAAGUCCCAGAAAUGGAUCCAGAUGCAGAAGAAGAGGUACGGAGAGAAGCGCAAAGGAGGCUUUGUGGAUAUGGGGAAGCAGGACCUCCCUCCUGAGCAUGUACGAAAGAUCAUCAAGGACCAUGGUGAUAUGAGUAAUCGCAAGUUUAGAAAUGACAAGCGAGUCCACCUUGGUGCUCUCAAGUACGUGCCGCAUGCCGUUAUGAAGCUGCUCGAAAAUAUCCCUUAUCCUUGGGAACAAGUACGCGAAGUUCCUGUGCUCUACCACAUCACUGGAGCUAUCACCUUCGUGAACGAGAUCCCCCGAGUCAUCGAGCCCGUCUACCAUGCACAAUGGAGUAGUAUGUGGUUAGCCAUGCGACGAGAGAAGCGAGAUCGACGACACUUUAAGCGUAUGCGAUUCCCGCCUUUUGAUGAUGAAGAGCCUCCUCUCGACUACGGCGAUAACGUCCUUGAUGUCGACCCGCUCGAGGCCAUUCAAUUAGAACUUGACGAGGAAGAGGAUGCCGCUAUCGUCGACUGGUUCUAUGACCCCAAGCCCCUCAUUGACACUCCUCAUGUCAAUGGUUCGUCUUAUCGCUACUGGAACCUGGACUUGCCAAUCAUGGCCAAUCUCUACCGCUUGGGGCGUACACUGCUUUCCGAUCAUACCGACCUCAAUUCGAGCUACCUAUUCGACAAAAAGUCAUUCUUUACCGCUAAGGCGUUGAACUUGGCUAUUCCGGGUGGUCCGAAGUUCGAGCCGCUCUAUAGGGAUAUGGACACGUUCGACGAGGACUGGAACGAGUUCAACGACAUCAACAAAGUCAUCAUUCGCCAGCAAAUCCGCACCGAAUACAAGGUCGCUUUCCCUCACUUGUACAACUCUCUUCCUCGUUCCGUCCGCAUCUCGCCGUACCACUCCCCCAAGAAUGUGUACAUUCGCACUGAUGACCCCGACCUUCCCGCAUUCUACUUUGACCCACUCAUUAACCCAAUCUCCCUCCGUGGUACAACACCGAAGAACCUUCCUCUAGUUUCCCACGAGGAUGCUCUGUUCGGGCCUAACGAUGCCGACGACGACGAUUUCGAACUCCCUGACGAGGUCGAGCCUUUCCUCGAGGAGAAGCUUUUAGAAAAAGAUCUUACGGCUGACGCUAUUGCGCUCUGGUGGGCCCCCGAGCCAUACAGCAGGCGAUCAGGCCGUAUGCGUCGAGCGCAAGAUAUCCCCCUUGUAAAGAACUGGUACCUCGAGCACUGUCCACCUGGCCAGCCGGUCAAAGUCCGAGUCUCGUAUCAGAAGCUCUUGAAAUGCUACGUGUUGAAUGAGUUGAAGACGAGGCCGGAGAAGGCAAUGACGAAGAAGAAUUUGUUCAGGCAGCUGAAGGCGACGAAGUUCUUCCAGACGACACGUUUGGAUUGGGUCGAGGCUGGGUUGCAGGUUUGCCGACAGGGGUAUAACAUGCUCAACCUCUUGAUUCAUCGAAAGAACUUGAACUACCUCCAUCUGGACUACAACAUGAACUUGAAGCCCGUCAAGACGCUUACGACGAAGGAGCGUAAGAAGUCACGAUUCGGAAAUGCUUUCCACUUGUGUCGUGAAAUCUUGCGUCUGACGAAGCUCGUUGUCGAUGCACACGUUCAGUACCGUCUCGGAAACGUGGACGCUUUCCAACUUGCGGAUGCGUUACAAUAUAUCUUCGGACAUAUCGGUGCGUUGACGGGUAUGUACAGAUACAAGUACAAACUCAUGCGUCAAGUCCGAAUGACCAAGGAUCUCAAGCAUUUGAUCUACUACCGCUUCAACACUGGUCCUGUUGGCAAGGGACCUGGUAAUGGUUUCUGGGCUCCAGGAUGGAGAGUAUGGUUGUUCUUCAUGCGUGGUAUCGUGCCUCUGCUUGAACGAUGGCUUGGUAACUUGCUCGCACGUCAGUUUGAGGGUCGUAAUAGCAAGGGAAUUGCAAAGACCGUGACCAAGCAGCGUGUCGAGUCUCAUUAUGACCUUGAGCUUCGUGCUGCCGUCAUGCACGAUAUCCUCGACAUGAUGCCUGAGUCGAUCAAGCAGAACAAGUCGAAGACUAUCCUGCAGCACUUGUCUGAAGCUUGGCGAUGCUGGAAGGCGAACAUUCCUUGGAAGGUCCCUGGUAUGCCGACCGCCAUCGAGAACAUCAUUCUUCGUUACAUCAAGAGUAAGGCCGAUUGGUGGUGCUCUGUUGCUCACUACAACCGCGAACGUAUUCGUCGCGGCGCCACUGUCGACAAGGCGGUCGUCAAGAAGAACCUUGGUCGUCUCACUCGUCUUUACCUCAAGGCUGAGCAGGAGCGUCAACACGGCUAUUUGAAGGACGGACCUUACAUUAGUGCAGAAGAGGCCGUCGCUAUCUAUACCGCUACCGUCCAUUGGCUCGAGUCGCGCAAGUUCUCACCUAUUCCCUUCCCACCAUUGAAUUAUAAGCACGAUACCAAGUUACUUGUACUCGCACUCGAGAAGCUGAAGGAAGCGUACUCUGUCAAGGGCCGACUCAACCAGUCACAACGUGAAGAGCUGGCUUUGAUCGAACAAGCUUACGAUAACCCUCACGAGUGUCUCUCUCGCAUCAAGCGUCUUCUCCUCACCCAGCGUGCGUUCAAGGAAUCGGGCAUCGAAUUCUUCGACACCUACGAUAAGCUUAUUCCAUGCUACGACAUCGAGCCUGUGGAGAAGAUCACCGAUGCUUACCUCGAUCAGUUCUUGUUCUUCGAGGCGGACAAACGUGGUCUCUUCCCUGCAUGGAUCAAGCCCGCUGACACUGAACCACCUCCGCUCCUGGUGUAUAAGUGGUGCCAGGGUAUCAACAACUUGACCGACAUCUGGGAGACUAGCGAGGGCGAGUGUGACGUUAUGAUGGAGACUGUUCUCUCGAAGGUGUACGAGAAGAUCGAUCUCACGUUGCUCAACCGUCUAUUGCGUUUGAUCCUCGACCACAACUUGGCCGACUACAUUACUGCGAAGAAUAACACGGUGCUCACGUAUAAGGACAUGGCGCAUACCAACGCGUAUGGUCUCAUUCGUGGUCUGCAGUUCUCGGCAUUCGUCUUCCAAUAUUACGGUCUCGUCCUUGAUCUGCUCAUCCUCGGUCUUCAACGUGCAAGCGAGAUGGCGGGUCCUCCCCAGAUGCCUAACAACUUCUUGCAGUACCGCGACGUCGCUACCGAGACUCGUCACCCUAUCCGCCUCUACUCUCGCUAUGUCGAUCGCAUCCACAUCCUCUUCCGCUUCACUGCCGAAGAGUCUCGAGACCUCAUCCAACGUUACCUCAGCGCGAACCCUGACCCGACGAACAACAAUGUCAUCGGCUACAACAACAAGCGUUGCUGGCCCAGGGAUUGCCGUAUGAGGCUUAUCAAACACGAUGUCAACCUGGGUCGCGCGGUCUUCUGGAACGUCAAACAGAGCCUGCCAAGGUCGCUCACUACGAUUGAGUGGGAAGACACUUUCGUGAGCGUAUACUCGAAAGACAACCCACAGUUGCUCUUCUCGAUGUGCGGCUUCGAAGUCCGUAUCUUGCCUAAGAUCAGGACUAUGGGUGGAGAGCAGUUCUCCUUGAGGGAUGCUGUGUGGAACUUGACAAACGAGCAAACGAAGGAGCGUACGGCGCAGGCCUUCCUCCGCGUCUCCGAUGAAGGUGUCCAACAAUUCAACAACCGAAUCCGUCAGGUUUUGAUGAGUUCGGGUUCGACGACGUUCUCCAAGAUCGUCAACAAGUGGAAUACGGCUCUCAUUGGCCUCAUGACCUAUUACCGUGAAGCUGUCAUUCACACGCCCGAACUCCUCGAUGCUCUCGUCAAGGCGGAGAACAAGAUUCAGACUCGUGUCAAGAUCGGCUUGAACAGUAAGAUGCCUUCGCGAUUCCCUCCUGUCGUGUUCUACACACCCAAGGAACUCGGUGGUCUUGGUAUGCUGUCCAUGGGACACGUCUUGAUCCCUCAGAGUGACUUGCGAUGGUCGAAGCAAACUGAUGUUGGAGUCACCCACUUCCGUGCCGGUAUGUCUCACGAAGAAGAUCAACUCAUUCCCAAUUUGUAUCGUUAUCUCCAACCAUGGGAGGCUGAGUUCCUCGAUUCCGCUCGUGUAUGGUCCGAGUACUCGAUGAAGAGGAAGGAAGCAAACGCUCAGAACCGUCGAUUGACACUCGAAGAUCUGGAGGACAGCUGGGAUCGCGGUAUUCCUCGUAUCAACACUUUGUUCCAGAAGGAUCGUCAUACUUUGGCGUAUGACAGAGGCUGGCGUGUCCGAACCGAUUGGAAGCAGUACCAGCUACUCAAGCAUAAUCCGUUCUGGUGGACAUCGCAACGACAUGACGGCAAGCUUUGGCAGUUGAACAAUUACCGUGUCGACGUCAUCGCGGCCCUUGGAGGUGUCGAAGGUAUUCUGGAGCAUACUUUGUUCAAGGGAACCUACUUCCCUACCUGGGAAGGUUUGUUCUGGGAGAAGGCAUCCGGUUUCGAGGAGUCCAUGAGGUACAAGAAGCUCACGAAUGCCCAACGUUCUGGUUUGAACCAGAUCCCUAACCGUCGGUUCACUCUUUGGUGGAGUCCGACCAUCAAUCGAGCCAAUGUCUAUGUCGGUUUCCAGGUGCAGCUGGAUCUUACGGGUAUCUUCAUGCACGGUAAAAUCCCCACUUUGAAGAUCAGUUUGAUUCAGAUCUUCCGUGCGCAUCUGUGGCAGAAGAUCCAUGAAAGUGUUGUCAUGGAUCUCUGUCAAGUGUUCGAUCAGGAGUUGGAGCCGCUACAGAUCGAAACCGUGCAGAAGGAGACGAUCCAUCCCCGUAAGAGUUACAAGAUGAACUCUUCUUGUGCCGAUAUCCUACUGUUCUCUGCCUACAAGUGGAAUAUCUCUCGACCUUCUCUGGUCACGGACAGCAAGGACGUCCUCGACGGUACGACUAGCAACAAGUACUGGAUCGAUGUCCAGUUGCGUUGGGGUGACUUCGAUACUCACGACAUUGAGCGUUACACUCGUGCGAAGUUCUUGGACUAUAUCUCAGACUCGAUGAGUAUCUACCCAUCUCCCACCGGUGUCAUGAUCGGCAUGGAUCUCUCCUACAACCUUUGGUCUGCCUACGGUAAUUGGUUCCCUGGUAUGAAGCCAUUGAUUCAACAAGCCAUGGCGAAGAUCAUGAAGGCCAACCCUGCAUGCCACGUUCUGCGCGAGCGUAUCCGAAAGGGUCUUCAGCUGUACUCAUCUGAGCCAACGGAACCGUAUCUUAACAGUCAGAACUACUCCGAGUUAUUCUCAAACCAAAUCAUCUGGUUCGUCGAUGAUACCAACGUCUACCGUGUAACGAUCCAUAAGACCUUUGAGGGUAACUUGACAACAAAGCCCAUCAACGGUGCUAUCUUCAUCUUCAACCCGCGGUCUGGUCAGUUAUUCCUAAAGAUCAUUCACACUAGCGUGUGGGCUGGUCAGAAGCGUCUCGGUCAACUCGCGAAGUGGAAGACUGCAGAAGAAGUUGCUGCCUUGGUUCGGUCGCUGCCUGUGGAAGAACAACCGAAACAAGUGAUUGUUACCCGUAAGGGCAUGUUAGAUCCUCUUGAGGUCCAUUUGCUUGAUUUCCCCAACAUUGUCAUCAAGGGUAGCGAGCUGCAAUUGCCGUUCCAAGCUUGUAUGAAGAUGGAGAAGUUUGGUGACCUCAUCUUGCGCGCAACUCAACCUCAGAUGGUUUUGUUCAAUCUGUACGACGAUUGGUUGAAGUCCAUCUCCAGCUACACGGCAUUCUCUCGAUUGAUUCUACUCUUGCGAGGUCUGCACGUCAACAACGAGAAGGCAAAGGUCGUUCUGCGACCUGAUAAGAAUACCAUCACCGAGCCGCACUUCGUCUGGCCCUCGUUGAGCGACGAAGAGUGGAUCAAGGUUGAGGUUGCUCUCAAGGAUCUGAUCUUGGCAGACUUUGGCAAGAGGAACAGCGUCAACAUCGCUUCCUUGACUUCUAGUGAGAUUCGAGACAUCAUUCUGGGCCAAGAGAUCGCGGCACCAUCAGUGCAGCGACAGCAGAUGGCUGAGCUGGAGAAGAGCUCAGAAGCUCAGGGCCAAGUCACCGCCGUACAGACUCAAACGGUCAACAUUCAUGGUGACGCCAUCCAGACGGUGACAACAACAAGCUAUGAGCAGCAGGUCUUCAGCAGCAAAUCUGACUGGCGUGUGCGGGCGAUCUCUGCGACACACCUUCCCCUUCGUUUGCAACACAUCUAUGUCUCCAACGACGACGUCAAGGACGAUGCUGCGUCUUAUACAUAUGUCCUACCAAAGAAUAUCCUUCGCGCUUUCGUCACUGCUGCGGAUCUUCGAACACAGGUGGCUGCCUUCCUGUACGGCGUUUCGCCACCAGAUAACAAGCAAGUUAAAGAGAUCAAGGCUGUUGUAUGGGUUCCUCAGAGGGGCAACAACAAUAGCGUAGAGUUACCUUCACAGCUACCUCGCGACGACUUCUUGUUGGGUGACCUGGAGCCACUCGGAUGGAUCAAGACACAGGCAUUGGAACUUAACCACCUUUCGCCAACCGACGUUACGACACAGGCUAAGUUGAUGGGCGACCACCCUGAGUGGACGUCAUCAUCAAUAUGUCUUACAAUCGCCUUCACACCGGGUUCCGUCUCGUUGUCUGCUCAUUCACUCACGCCAGGUGGCUUCGAAUGGGGCAGGAAGAACAACGAUACUUCCCCCAAUCCAGCCGUAAGUGUUUUCUGCGUGUGGUAUACUAAUGUUAUACUAAUCUAUGUCCAUUACAGGGCUUCAACCCUAACAUGUCGGAGCGUGUACAACUGCUUCUUUCCGACCGAGUCCUUGGUAUGACCUUGGUACCGGAAGGUCGUGUGUGGAACUACGGUGUUGGAUUGACUCAGCUCUGGUCACCAACGUUGAAUUACUCUAUCACUCUCGAUACUCCUCUAAUCUUCUGGGCUGAGGAACAUCGUCCUGCAGCCUUCCUAUCGUUUGCAAGCCUUGAGACCGGGGCUGACAGUGCGGAUGUUGAAAAUAACUUUGCUUAGUAUGUUCCUUUCGUAUAUUAGUUUAUCGCAUUGCUUUGUUAUGUUGUAUUUGUAAUUUCUUGCAAUUCCAGAGGAGUGUAAUAUUCCGAAGUAUGAAUGCAGAAUGAGGGAAUCCCAACCAGUGCGACGAUGCAGAUGAGAAAACAAUGACAAGUGAG